AUGACCAACGCAUACGUUACACUUCUUUAUUCUGCUUCUUAUCUCCCAGGGGCACUUACUCUCGCCAACUCGAUUAGAGAUACUCACAGUGUUGCGGGGAAACUUGUUGUAUUGGUGCCCAAAUAUGAUAGCCAUUUAUUCUCAUCCCAUCAACUCCGCUUGCUUACAUCAGUGUACGAUGAAAUUAUCGAAGUGGAAACGGUUUCCCCUUCCUCCCCUGCGGAUUUACACAACUUAAAUUGCCUUCUCAAACGACCAGAACUCCUUAAAACUUUGACAAAACUCAAAGUAUUUUCCCUCCCUUACUCAAAAGUCGUCUAUCUUGAUAGUGAUGUCUUGGUCUGUGCUAACUUGGAUCAUUUGUUCGAGCAAAAUAUUAGUGAUGGUGAGAUCAUGGCUUCUCCAGAUUCCGGAUGGCCAGAUAUCUUCAACACCGGGGUUUUCAUGGUGGCACCUUCUCCUGAAAAUUAUGCUGCCCUUAACACCAUUGUCAGUGAUGAAGCAACGAACGCAUCUUUUGAUGGGGCAGACCAAGGGCUCCUCAAUGAAUUUUUCCAAUCUUUUGGGAGAUUCAAUACCCAUGGGUCUAGGUCAUGGAAACGGUUACCAUUCUUAUAUAACGUAACACCAUCGGGACAAUAUCAAUACAAUCCUGCAUAUAAAAGAUUUUUCAAAGACAUUAAAGCUCUUCAUUUCAUUGGAUCGUCAAAACCUUGGUAUAGAAAAGUGGCAGCUUCAGAUGUUGAGGAAGGUUCUAGUGAAUAUGACGAAUUGACGAAAUUAUGGUGGAGAAAUUUCUACAGUCAUUAUGGAAAUGACAAGGAUGUUUCAGCAUUGAUCAAUGAUAGUGAUAGGAUGAUAAAUAGUGACAGGGUGAAAACUGGUGACUACAAAAUUGCGAAGUUCGACCCCGUAACGAACUUUUCCGCAUUAAACUUGGAAGAGGAAGAACCUACUACUGACGCUGUUACAACAGAGAUCGAAGAUGAGCCGGAAAAUAAGAUAGGAUCUGUUAACAAGAAGAUGACGAUUAUUGAUCAUAUGUUCCAUGAACAUGAGGUUACUGCUGAAAGACAGUUUGGUUUUGAUUCUCUCUUCUAG